UAGAACUCCCACGCUCAUUCACUACUGUUCAGAGAGUUGGAGACUUAUUGGAGUUGUUUACUUUAUUACAGGUCACUCAGGUGCAUGUUUGUAUGCCUAGGUCCCUAAGGUAUCCCACGUACUACUUGUACCUAAUUGAUUCGUGGUUGCACCUGCACCUCGUUGGCGCGCCCGUGACUUGAUCCAACCACAACCGAUUACCAAGUCCGUACGUGUCUCUGCACUUCUUCCUCCACCCAUCAACCCGUGGUUCCUCAACUCUGGUUUAUUACUGUCUCUAACUACCUAGUACAGCAGCUUCUCACUCCUGCUUGCAGCGUCCGAUCCUGGGAGACAGUACAGCUCAGUCUUCUGCAACAUUCCUCCUGCCGCACGCAAAGGUGCUGCCCCUCCAUUCAAGCGCGUGCCCCUGGUCGUGCAUCACCCCUCACCGCAAUCUGUUUAUCCCACUCAAGACGCGACGAAUCACUACAAGUUUCUUGGUGGCACAAGACCAGCCAACCGUUUCUCCUUGUACGCCUGAACGCUUCAAAACGCUCUUUUGCCAGCGUCGCCUGCCCCUCAUAUUACCCCUUCUGCGGUGUCUGUCCAGACUUGGGAUUAAGUCAAGAUGGGUGACAUUGAGGCAUCACGACGAAACAAGAAGCCUCGUCCAUUGCAUGAUUCUGAGAGAUCACGUCUCGACGAAUUCAUUGAUUCCAUCGGCUAUUCGGCAAGAUACUCUGACUCGGAGUACGAGUACAGACAUGUACAACUUCCCAAGGCUAUGCUAAAAGCCAUCCCGCGAGACUAUUUCGACGAGCAGAAAGGUACACUAAAGUUAUUGUGGGAGGAAGAAUGGAGAGCUCUUGGUAUUACCCAGAGUCUCGGCUGGGAGCACUACGAAGUUCACGAACCAGAACCGCAUAUUCUAUUGUUCAAACGUCCGAUCGGCUAUCAACCUCCGGCACAAUGAUUAGUGGUUGAUUGAUUUCAUGGUGAAUGUGUGUUGACUAGCGCAGCAUUGGGAACGGCGUUUUGCUUUUGUCCAAGGAAUCAAUGGGAGCCAUGGCCACUGCGGUCUGAGCGAGCGUGCUUGAUUACAAUCUUGGUAUGCCAUGACGGAUACAGACACCAGACAGUUCAGACAGUUCAGACGAUUUGGGCAAGAAAUUGUGUAUUGUUCCAAAUCAGCACAGAGAAGUUGACUCCCAAAUUAUACCACGACUCAGGAAGCGUCGGCCACGGUAUCGUUGGGUUAACCUGAUGCCAGCGCUGUCUUCUUGAGUCAUCUCUGCUCAUUUGAUGAUCCAUGUGCAUGUUGGGUGACGUUGUCAUUGUGGAGUAGAUGAAUCGGGGGCGAAGUUCGAUCUCGCUGGGAGGAUGUCUGUCUGCUCUCAAAGUUUGAUGCAAUUUGGUAGAUUAGGAGCUGUCGGUGAUGGCGGUGGUGGAGGUGGAAGCGAAGGAGAACGUGGUCCUUUGGAGGACGGCAUUGAUCAGUUGGAUUUCUUUUGAAAAAUAUCUGGGUAUCACUGUUGGCUUUCAAUCUGGGUACAGUGGACGUGGGAAUAUGGAGAAGUUGAGAAGAAUAUGCUGCGAGACAGGGUUUCUAAAAACAUGGCAUUACUCGUUGACGAGCUGAAAACGCCGGCCAUGAAAGGAGAAUGACAG